CAUAUAAGCGGAGCUAUAACUGGGCACGCAGUGAGACGCUCUUUUAUAUUACGGUUCAGAGCGGCUGCGGGAAGGUUUCGGGCUGCAUCUGUUGGGACGGUCUCACUGAUCAAUCAAUAAAAAUGUCUGACAAACCAGAUAUGGCUGAAAUUGAGAAAUUUGACAAGUCUAAGUUGAAGAAAACAGAAACGCAAGAGAAAAACCCACUGCCUUCAAAAGAAACAAUUGAACAGGAGAAGCAAGCGGGUGAAUCGUAAUGAAAUGGGCCCUUCCAAAUUAUGCACUGUACAUUCCACAAGCAUUGCCUUCUUAUUUUACUUCUUUUAGCUGUUUUAACUUUGUAAGAUGCAAAGAGUUGGAUAAAUUUAAAAUGACUGUACUGCCCCUUUCACAUCCCCCCUC